UGAAUACUAAAAUGGCGUAUGAUGGAGACAUCACCUUCCUUCGAUCUUAUUUUCAUCUAUCUUAUGUUAUUUCUACGGUCCUCGUUACAUGAUAAAAGAAAAAGAAAAGUGUUUGUAUAAAGUAUUAAUAUGAAUUGUGAACAAUAAAGAAAAUUCAUCGAAAAGUAUUUUUCUUUAGACAAUCGAAACGUCAAUUGACACUUCAUGUUAAUAAUUUAUAUUCAUAGUGAUUCGUAGACGAGAUGCCGAAGGUACGAAGAAGUAAGAGAUCUCCACCUGAUGGUUGGGAAUUAAUUGAACCUACAUUAGAAGAGCUGGAACAAAAGAUGCGUGAAGCUGAAACAGAGCCACACGAAGGUAAACGUAAACAGGAAUCUUUAUGGCCAAUAUUUAAAAUUCAUCAUCAAAAAUCAAGAUAUAUAUAUGAUUUAUUUUAUAGACGAAAAGCUAUUAGUCGUGAAUUGUAUGACUAUUGUUUGAAUGAAAACAUAGCAGACAAAAAUCUUAUAGCAAAAUGGAAAAAAGUUGGAUAUGAAAACUUAUGUUGUUUACGUUGUAUACAAACACGUGAUACUAAUUUUGGUACGAAUUGUAUUUGUCGUGUACCAAAAGGCAAAUUAGAAGAAGGUAGAAUAGUGGAAUGUAUACAUUGUGGCUGUAGAGGAUGUUCUGGUUGAUAUGUACCUUUAUUGAUUAAGAUAUUAUAAGAUAUUAUAAGAGUUAAUAAUAAUAAUAAUAAUAAUAAUAAUAAUAAUA